CUCAGCCACAGGGGGCGCCUUCUAUGCGGAAGGCCACAAGCGACCAAGCUGCUUCCUGAAAGUGCUGGUACUACUCUGUUCAAAACUAGAAAAGCACACUACCAAACAGUUUCUGCUUGCGUGAUCGAACCAGCCAUGUCGAAGAACACGGUGUCAGAUCGAUUCAGAAAGGUCGAUGUAGAUGAGUACGACGAAAACAAGUUUGUAGACGAAGAGGACGGCGGAGAAAAUCAGCUGGGUCCGGAUGAGGCUGAGGUGGAUUCUCUCAUCAGAUCAGGUAACAUGAUGGGAGCUUUACAGGCGGUACUGAAGAAUCCACCAAUCAAUACCAAGAACCAGAUUGUGAAGGACCGAGCUGAAGGCCUCGUAUUGAAAGUGCUCAGCUCUUUCAAGACUAGCGAUAUAGAAAAGGCUGUUCAGUCUCUGGAUAAGACUGGAGUGGACCUCCUCAUGAAGUACAUCUACAAGGGCUUUGAAAAACCCUCAGACAACAGUAGUGCCAUUCUGCUUCAGUGGCAUGAAAAGGCACUCUCAGCAGGUGGCGUGGGCUCCAUUGUCAGAGUGCUCACAGCCAGGAAAACCUUGUAAACUUCAGCACCGUGGCAGGGUUGGCAAAAGGACUGGCUGGCACAACCCCUUGUGUUCUGUUUUGUGCCCAUACUGCCAUACUGUGGAGGGUACCUAGUCACUCAACUUUUUUUUUAAACGAUCAAAAUAGUACACUUAACAUUCGGACAUCCGCACUCGGAUUUCUUGCUGUGAAGAUAUGCACCUUGGAUCUGUAUGUCAACAGAAUGGUUAUGAGAAAUGUUAUUACUGACCUCAGCAGAUUUUAAGCACAGACAUUUUAGCUAUUAUCAAAGGAUAUCCCCAUUUAAUUGUCUACUUCACCUCUCAUACACAUUCCAAUGUAAUUUCAGAACAUGUAAGGGCAUGACUAAAUCAUUACAUAGUCAUGCUAGUAAUGGCAUGUUACAGAAGCACUCUGGCGUGUAUUAUUAUUUGAGAUCUGCUCCAUCGUUUUGAGUCACUUUGACCCAAAACUACAUUAUGCACUUAAGUAAAGUGUAAAAUCUCAGCUUUCUAAUGAAAUUGUCAUUGUGUCUAUUCCAAACUGUUGCAGAUUUAUAAUCAUUGAAAUUUCUUUUUUACUUUCAUGUAUAAAACUCAUUCUGCUUCAUUGGCAAAGUGACUCAAAAUGAUGGAAUAAGUCAUUUGUUUUACCUAAGAAAAAUUAUCCAGAUUUAUUUGUAGAGGAUUUUCAGUUUGCACUCUGUCACAACCUACCCAUCAUCUACUCCUUUUAAGAAACAAUCAGAUCUGGUCUGUGGAAUAUGCCAACAUCAGUAUUCACUUGGUUAUUUUAGUUUGGUAGUACGUGCUGUAUUAUUAUUGGCCAUGAUUUAUUUAAUGCAUAUGUUAUUUCCAAGAUGGUUUUUGGAUAUAGCUUUAUCUUAAUGCCUGUGCAUUUGAGCAAGAGGGAGAUUUUCUGCCCAAUUUAUUGUGCUAAUAAGCUUUUUUUUCCCCUCUACAGUCUCUUUUAUAAUUCAUGUAGCUUCUGUGACACAUCUCCUUGAUUUCAUAUCAUACCGGGAUCACAUUUUGAGAGAGAAAUGUUGCCAAAAACUUUUUUUAUUCUCAUUGUUGAUCUGUUUUUGUACUCUUAAAGAGUUUAAUUUUGUACAGUGCUGAGUGUUAUUAGAACUGUCCACCAGAAGUGUAUGUAUAUUGACCACAUUUUUUAAAUUUGUAAGAUGUAAUCAAUCGUAGAAAUCAUCAUCAUAAACAUAAUUUCUUAACAUGUACUUUAAACAGGUAUAGCUUGUAUAGCAUAGCAAUUGCAUAUCCCACCAAACACAGCAGCAACGCUCUAGCAAGAUGUUUCUAUUUCAGGCUUAUGCUGUAAAUAAGACAUGAUCGAGGGCAGAUUUUGCUUCCCCUCUGGUCUACUUAUUUUUGCCAUCCUUGAAGCUAUACACAAGCAACCCAAGGAGGUAUCCACUUGUUCAUUAAAGAUUCUUAGUGAAUGUUGAGUUUGCAUCACUCCAGUCAAUCAUUUGAUGAAGUGCUAAAAUUAUAAACUAGUUUACCAACUGCCUUAUCAAAUUUUCCUUUUGUAUUGUAUGGUCCUUCUGAAAAAUAAAGUAAUUUUUUAUUUUAUUUUUUCCAUCCCUGUUUGCUUAUGGUGCAAACAUAUGUUUAAGUUGUGUCAGAGGAGAGAUUUCUGUUAGACUCUGCACUGAUAUAUGACAUGUACUGGGUUAAUUGUAAUUGCUUUAUACUGUAUAUUUAAAUAUAAUUUAGGUUGUAUGUUUACAAUUGAAUGAUCAAUUAUAUUAGUUGUGAAAUAAUGUGAAAAAUAGUUUAUUUUUAAUUUGAAUAUACAUUCAGGAUUCUUGUGUACCAAAUAUUGUUUACUGUAAGUGAUAAUUAAUGCAUUGGGGUUUUGCACAAUGAAAUGCAUUUUAACCUAAUGAAAUGAGAAAAGAUGCAUUCUGUUACAGAUAAUUGACAAUCAGGGACCCCAAUCAGUGAGACACCCCCAUCUGUUAGUAUCAAUCACCUCUCUGGAAUAACACAAGGGCCAUGUUUGUUUCAUGUCAUGGAGGGCCCCAUUAAAUUGAAUGAAUGAAUGAAUGAAUAAAUAAAAUAGCACAGGGGACCAUUAAUUUUAAGUAUUUCUCAACUUUAGUAAUAACUGUAUUAGAUUCAAUGAAAUCCAGGCACAUUGGGUAAAUAAGGUGUAAAAGAUGUGUUGUGGUCUUGUCAUUUAUUACUUUCCCAAAGCGAUUAUCCUACUUGGGGUCACUGUUUCCUAUGACUCUUGGAUGCUCCUGCGUAAAAUCUUCAUAUGUUUCACCUGAACAUGCUGUAAACAACUCCGCAGUGAUGGGCACAAAAACAUGAAAAUACCUUAGUUUAAAUGUAGAAAAAUAAAGUACCAAAUAGUGUGUGGAAAAAUUAUCUAAAUAAAAUACAGUAUUUUGUAUCUUGAAAAUAUGCAAAAUACAUUUAUUUAUUACAUCAAAUUGGCCAUUCAAUGAAGUAUCACUAUUAGGCUGAAAUCUAUCUUGAUUCUGAAUGCAAAGAACAUAUUGGUGUACAACUGCUUAGAAACCUUUCUUAUUUUUCAUCUUCCUCUUCAGUCAAUUAAAGCAAAUUAUAUACAUCCCAAUUCUGACAAAGUUGGGACAGUAUGGAAAAUGAUAAUAAAAACAAAAAGGAAUGUGUGUGUGUGUACAUCAUUAAAGUUGUUGAAUGUUCUACCUGUUCCCACCUCCUUGCCCAUCCUGAACCCAUUACAGAGUGAUUUGUAAAUUAUAUUCACCCUUUUCUAUAUGAUAUUUCAGCUUGUGAAUUUCAUAUUUUUUUUAAAUUAUUAUUUAUGUACAGUAAUUUCAAAUCAGACAAUUGCAACACGCUCCAAAAAAGUGGGGACAGUCGAGUGUUUACCACUGUGAAACAUCACCAUUUAUUCUAAUAAUACUUAAGCAUUUAGGCACGGAAGGCACAAGUUUGUUAAGUUUAAAAAGUGGAAUUUUACCUCAUUCAUCCAUUAUGCAGGUCUUCAGCUGCACAAUUGUGCAGGCUCUUUAUUGCCGUAUUGUGUGCUUCAUAAUGCACCACACAUUCUCAAUUGGAGAUGGUCAGUACUGCAGGCAGGCCGAUCUAGCACCCGCAUUCUUCGCUUAUGUGGUUUGAAGUUGUCCUGCUGAAAAUUCCGGGAUGUCGCUGGAAAAGAUGGUGCUAGAUGGCAGAAUAUGUUGCCCCAAAAUUUGUACAAAUAUGUCUGCAUUAAUGGUGCCCUCACAGAUGUGCGAGUUACCCAUGCCAUGGGCACUGACACACCCCUGGCCCAUACAGACACUGGCUUUUGGACCUGAUACUAAUAACAGCUUGGAUGGUCCUUUUGUGUUUUUCAAAAACGAAUUGAAAUGACUCUUCAGACCAAAAAACACAGUUCCACUGUUCUGCUUACCAUCUAAGAUGAAACCGAGCCCAGAGAAGUUGGCACCGCUUCUGGACAGUGUUGAUGUAUGGCUUCUGCUUUGCACAGUAAAGUCUUAACUUGCAUCUGUGGAUGCAGUGGCAAAUGGUGUUGACUAACAAAGGUUUACUGAAGUAAUCCCAAGCCCAUGUUCAUGAUAUCCAUUACAGAUGAAUUAUGUUUUUUAAGACACUGAUGUCUGAGGGAUCAGAGAAGCAUUAAGAAGUGGUUUCUGUCUUGCCCUUUAUGCACCGAGAUUUGACCAGAUUUCUUGAAUCUUUUAACUAUAUUGUGCACCUGUAGAGGGUGAAAUGCCCAAAAUAAUUCCAAUUUGUCUUUGGGGAACAUUGUUCUGAAAGUGCUGGAUUAUUUGCGGAGGCAUCUGUUGUCAAAUUGACAAGUCUUGAAUGAUCUUCACUUUUUGAAGUACUAGGCUGUUUUGGAGGCUCCUUGUGUACUCUAACAUGAUUGCCUCACCUGUUUAACAUCUCCUGUUUCACAUUAUCUUGUUAUUUUAACUAGUGAAAUUGUUAUUACUCUUAAACUGUCUCAAUUUUUUUGGAGCAUGCAAUCAUCUGAUUUGAUUAUACUGUAGGCUACAUUAAAAAAAAAUCAAGAAAUUCACAAGGUAAAACAUCAUAUAAUGUUUAGCUGUAGCGCUUUCAAUAUAGAAAAGGGUUAAUAUAAUUUACAAAUCACUACUUUUUCAGAAUUGGGGUUGUAUAUGGUAAAUGCCAAAUAGCAGCUAUUUCUAUACUUAUUUCUGUUCAGUUUACACUGCAGCCUGCUAUUAUUCUGGCGAACCCUAUUAAAUAAAUCACAUGUAAAAGAGGGGGACUUUUCUUGCAAUCUAACAAGGAGUAAUGCCACUAAAUACAAGACUGACUAGAUAGCACUAAUGUCCAGUGCUAGUGCUAAUGCCAUUUUCCCCUUGCCAGUUCUCUUUUAUUUCUUCACGUUAACUAAAGGCAAAUCAUAAUGAUGUUCCUUUUUAGCUCUCUAGCUAAUGAUCUAGCUAACGAUAGCUAGUGAAUUCGCUAGACUAGUGUAACGGUAGCCAGCUGGUAGUAGUUUUUUUUUUUAUUUGACAUUACCUGGCACCUUAU